UUUUGUUUGGUUAUGACUUUGACAGUUACAUAAAAAUAUUAUUAAGUGACGUACGAUCUAAUCUUGUGUUUUGAGUUUUCCUUUUAACAAGUUAUUUCAAACUAAAAACCUCCGCUAUUUUUAAUUAAAAUGUGUUUCCUUUACUUGAAACUAAUGUAGUGAUCAUAAAUAUAACAAAGACGUCCGUCCGUGCGUUUUCUAAAUGAGAAAACCAAUUUUUUUUUGAAAUUAAUAUUCGCAACGCGAAUGUAGAUUCUUUGUAAAUUCCUUAUAAAUAUUCUCGCAUAACUACUUACUCCGGAAUCAUUGAUGCAGAGAAAUAUAAAAACGGUUUAAUUAUGUUUCUAAAAGAAUAUAUUCGUUACAAUCCAAAUAAUGGUGCCUCCUAUUUUAAGUCAUCAGAACUGUUCUGAAUAGAGGGAAAACUGAAAUUUUAUCUAUAAUGUGAAUUUAUCCUAGCUUAUCUGUAUAGAUUUAUAAUUCGAAUGACUUCCCUUAGUCCGUUGUGAUGUAAGUUUAUUAUAUAUAAAUGUCAACAAGGCCAGUAUUAGUUGUAGGUGUAAUUUUAAGUAGAACGAGCUUAGAACGCCGGUAAGAAAUAUGAAGAUUUUAUUUAUGAUAAAUACGGUCCAGGAAGUUAUAGCUGUUAAACACUAAUGGUUUACAUGGAUGAAAGGCAUGCCGUUGGGCGCCGUGUUGGUGCCUCGCUCCUACCAUCGAUGGAGGCGUGCGGCCCUCCGAUUCAGCUGGAGCCUGUGGAUCUUAGUCUGAAGAGACGCAAUAAAAUUGCGUCUUCAGCGACGUCUUCUAAGGUCAGAAUGGAGGAGGCAGAUUCUUUGGAUUGGAGCGAGUCAAGCCCUGAAUCAGUCAGGAUUAAGAGAGGUCCGGGUCUGAGGAGCGCCAGAAAAGUUAAGAAUGCCAUCAGAUUCAAGCAGCAGGACACGCCAACACAGCUGUCACAGUACACGAGCAAACAGAUACUCACGCCCGUCAUGAAUUUCAGCUACCAGCAAAUAAAGCCCGCGGGGGAUAUGAGUUUUUUUCUAAACACGGCCCUACAGAACGCUCUCACAGAUUCACUGACAGAACUAAAUAAGAAGUACAGAGAAGAGUCAGACGCCAAUCAGAAUAGGAAAAGGCUUCAUAAGUGCGAUGUGGCGGGCUGUCACAAGGUUUACACGAAGAGCUCCCAUCUGAAGGCGCACAAACGGACCCACACAGGAGAGAAGCCUUACAGCUGCGGCUGGGCCGGAUGCAACUGGCGCUUCGCCAGAUCUGACGAGCUGACUCGACACACUCGCAAGCACACGGGACAUAGGCCCUUCUCAUGCCCGUUGUGCCGACGGGCCUUCGCUAGAUCUGAUCAUCUAGGACUCCAUAUGCGGAGGCACUGACACACCGGCACAUGUUCCAUAGAUUGACCGGCACUUGUAGAUUGUGUGGCACAAGUUCACAUAAGCUGCAAAUAGAUUGAUUAUAUAGUUUUGAUUUUAUAUAAAGACUAGGUAGCUGUAAUUUUUAUUUGAAUUAUAGUUAUUCUAGAUUUAACGGCACAAUUUUCGUAAUAUUUAACUCAUCGCUUAACGACCUGUUGUAUUUACAAGAGAGUAUCAACGGACUAAAUAAGACCCAGUAGAAAAUCAAAUAUUAUUAUAAAAAAUAGAGAUUUUGAAAAACUACUUUGAUAUAAUGAAAUUAUAUAAUAUAUUAUGUAGUUUUAUAUGGGAAUAAGAUUUGUAACUUUCUUAGAGAAAUAUAUACCGCGUGAGAGCUGAGACAAUCUUGACAACGCGGCACAUUCUAUAUAGACUGGCACAAGACAUAAACUAAUCUAUUAUGACAAUAAAUUUACAACUAUUUUUAUUCUCGAUUGGUUAUAGAUAUAUAGUUUAUCUAGUUGAAUUUAAAUCUAGAUAGGUUUAACUAGUUUGACAUAUGUCUGUUAUAUCACUAUGAACGAAUACCGUCCUCUAGAUCCUAUGACAUGGUGCUCUAUGAUGAGGUUUAGAUUAAUUUAAUGUUUAACUAAUCAGAAUUAAGUACCUGCUAUCAUAGAUGCCGCUAGAUAAGGUGGCAUAAUGUUAAUUAAGUGCCGCUAGAUAGCCCGGCAUAAUUUUUAUCAUGUGCCGCUAAAUACAGCGGCAUUAUUUUUACACUUAGGGCCAGUAAAUAUACAUUUUUAUUAUAUUAUAUUAUAUUUAGUACGACUGUAAGUUUGUGUGCUCAAAAAAAAAAUUUUUAAUCGUUCCGAUACAGCGUUACAGGGCGUUAGCAAUAUUAGGUGUAGAGUAUUUUAUUUUUAUUUUUUUUGAUAUUUUUUUUGUCCUACAUUUUCUAUGACAUUAAUGUUACGUGUUACGUUUUUAAGAGUCUAUUAACGUAAGUGUGUAUUUUUUGUCGCUUUACGUGUAGCCGUAGACUAGUACGUAGACUAGUUGCGGACGUAUUUGCUAUUGAGUUGGAGUUUUAAUGUACGUUAAGAUAAAAAAAGAAUUUUUUUGUUCCGUUUUUUUUUCUAAUUUAGUUACAAUUAAAGAGAAAUAGUUUUUAAGCCAUGGGUGAAAAUUUUGGUCAGUAUAAUGUUUAAUGUAUUUUAAGUUAGGUGAGUUGAAAAAAGAUAAUAAUAAAAAAAAUAAUAAUCACGUGAUCUCAAAAUCGGUUCAUUCCUAUAUUUAACGAUUCGAUCUCAAAAAUAUUGUUCUCUUUGCAUAAGAAAAAAAACAUGAAAUUUCUUAGAAAAAUAUUAUUAUUAAGCGAGACAACUGAGAUGGAUCUUGUUAUUCCUAUAGAUGUAAAACCAGCAUUUGCCGGCCAGUAAACAUAUGUCAUAGAUAUAUAGAUAUAUAUAUAUUAUAUUAUAUAUAUAUUAAUAAUUUUAUGUUAGUCAUAAGAUAUAAUACGAAGAAUAUAAUACAGAGAAUUCACGACGAACAAAACGAACGAAAAAUCGAAAAAAAAAUACGAAAUAAAUUACGAUGUUUUUUUUUUUUAAACCAAAAAAAAAAAUCACUGCGACGCUACAUUUAAAUGACUAACACAGUCAGUGACACGCUCAGAGUAUUACAUGCAGAGCCUUAUCACAAUCGGGCCAGCAAAAAUAUGGUUUUUUCUUAAAAUUUAUACAAAAAAAUUUUUCGAUGUAAUUUUUAAGUCGAAUUAUUAAACGUGUUAGUAAAAAAUCUCUAAAGCGAUGUUGUCCAAGUCACAGAACGUCUCGUCCGGAGCGUUGUUCUGACAAACAUUCUCAACUUAUCGUUUUUUUUUUGUAUUUCCAUACAACUAUUUUGGCUUCCUAAUAAAUUAGUGCUAAAGCA